AUGUCGGACACUGCUGCUCUCGUGGAUUACGUCACCGUCACUCGGGACAUCAACGCCCCAAUUGGCGAGGUGUGGGGGAUCAUCGGAGGAUUUGGAGCUGAGAAGGCGUGGUACCCUGGCUGCAAGAAGCUCAUCCUUGAAGGCUUCGGACUCGGCAGUAUCCGAACCUUCCACUACGAGUACCCUAGCGGCCCCAAAGCGGGCGAGACCUACAUCUUCUCUGAGGAGAUGACAGCAAUCGACAUCCCCAACUACUCCAUGUCUUUCCGUGUACGUCGGCCAGACUAUCCGGAUAUGGUCGCGUACGGAACAACCGCACUCGAGUCGCUUGGUUCGGAUAAGACUCGCUUCAUUUGGUCUGGCAAGGGCAGCGCUUUGCCCGACGAAUACAUGAAGGUUCUGCAAACUGAUCUCAAUGCCCGCUUCGCUGAGCUGAUCGAGGCCAUCGCUGCCGUCUUCGAGUAA